ACAAAUUUAACACAUAUGUGACCCUGAAAGUGCAAAAUGUGAAGAGCACAACUGUAGCAGUCCGUGGCGAUCAACCUUCCUGGGAACAAGAUUUUAUGUUUGAGAUUAGUCGCCUGGACCUGGGUCUAAGUGUGGAAGUAUGGAACAAAGGACUGAUCUGGGACACCAUGGUGGGGACUGUGUGGAUUGCACUGAAGACUAUUCGUCAGUCAGAUGAGGAAGGGCCUGGGGAAUGGUCCACGUUGGAGGCAGAGACUUUAAUGAAAGAUGAUGAGAUCUGUGGAACUAAAAACCCAACUCCCCAUAAAAUUUUGCUGGAUACAAGAUUUGAGUUGCCUUUUGAUAUCCCAGAGGAGGAAGCCAGAUAUUGGACCUACAAAUUGGAGCAAAUCAAUGCCUUGGGAACUGACAAUGAGCAACCUGUUAGGAAACGUCUGGUAAGCAACCUCAUGAGAGAAUCUGAAGCCCAGGGUAUGAUGAGGUCGGGCAUAGAGUUUGGAUUUAUCAACAUAUUUGUAGCAAUUGAAGUCAUAGGAAUAGAAGAGCUCACUCAG